AUGAAUGCCACUGAGGUCGAGCCGUGGAGAACAUGGCCGGACUUCGCUAUAAAGAUUUACUGCCUUCCCUCUUCCGUAACCCUGGCUGAACUCUACGACUCUUUCACGCGGCAUGGCAACAUAUCCACGCUCGAGAUCGAUGAGGAUCGGAAUGGUAACCGAACUGGAUUCGCCCUGGUCCGCUUUGAGCCCCCACCCAAGCUCGACUUCUGGUCCUCGAAGGUUUAUACCAUCAAAUAUGGCGAAGGCAAGAGCGCCCAAGUCACUCUAAGAACGUUCAAGGCUCCUCAUGAGACGUACGACAGUCUGGUCAAGAGCCCCGCCAAUCCCGACAUCUGGUUCAAGUCCAAGAUGUCCCUGCUGGCUGAUCGCAUGGAUUUUGGCUCUCAACUUCAGAAAAACGAGAUGGUGGUGCUCAAAUCUGUCACGGACAAUGUGAGGAUCGACGUCAACCUCAGAAAAAAGAAUAUCACCAUCAAUUUCGACACGUUUACUCGCGACCAAGCAGCGACACAGGCGGCUGGAGAUCAGGGCGACGAAAAAUGCGACAACAAUGACAUCAGUCAUCAUAAAUGCACUGUAGAUUUUGCUCGCCUCACGGAAAUCUUCCGAGUCAACGAAGGGAACGACACGGAAUUGGUAAUGCCGUUAGAGCUUCCCCCGAUGUUCUGGACCAAGGCGAGCAGGAGAAAACGCAACGAGAUGGCGGCGGGAAGGUCUUCUUGGGGCAGCCUGGACCUGUGGGAGCGACGAACUGUCAUACUCGAUGAUGAACAAUUGCCCCGAGAUUUCCCUGUGACUCUGCAGGCCGACUUUGACGACCCGAAUUUCAUCAACAUCGGCCGUUGGACCACUUUCAGAUUCAUCAUUCGGGAUGCCGGAACCGCUAUCGACAAGGUACUAGAGGCACUCCAGGCCUACAACGUUGCAGCCACAGUCUUGGACCACUUUGGAUCUGUGCCUCGGCGCUCUCCUCUGCUAGCAUCGAGAUCCUACAACUUGUCGACCAACCACUCGCUGCUAUCCCUAAGGCCAGCCUCGGAUAAUCUGAAAUUCGAGGUCUACUAUCAGCUAGAAGUCUGCAUCUCUCGCGGUAUUCUCUCGGAGUAUUCCAUCACUCAGACUUUCGUCGAUGAGUUAUGUCGCAUGGACAAUGACCGCGCAAAAUGGAUGCUCGAAUACUUUGCAGAUCAAGGAAGCAGAGUAUGGGAUCCCAUGGAAAUGUUCCAGAACGAAGAGGCCCGUUUCUUCUUUCCUAAUGCCAGUAUGCCAUACUAUUGCACGACUAUCCGUAAGGUCGUCAUCACACCGUCGACUAUAAUUUUGUGCUCGCCAAACGUCGAAUCUUCGAAUAGGGUCCUUCGAAAAUAUAACUCGUAUCAAGAUCGCUUCCUCAGAGUCCAGUUUACGGACGAGCUCUACAGGGGCAGAGUGUACAGUGAUGCCGGCAACGAGAUCUUCAACAGAAUCUACCGCACCCUGAAGCAAGGCAUCAAGAUCGGCAACCGCGUCUACGAGUUCUUGGCCUUUGGAAAUUCACAGAUUCGAGAAUGUGCAGUAUACUUCUUCUGCCCUACUGGCUACAUUACUUGCGACGAUAUUCGGAAAUGGAUGGGCGAGUUCAGUCACAUCAGGAACGUCGCCAAAUAUGCCGCACGCAUCGGUCAAUGCUUCUCGACGACAAGAGAGAUACGAGGAGUCACUGUCCCUCGUAUUGUACAAGAAGAAGACAUUCAACGAGGCGGAUAUUGCUUCAGCGAUGGCGUAGGCAAGAUUUCGAAACUACUGGCGGAGAUGGUCGUCAACGAGAUGGGCCACGAAUCAGUCGGCAUACCGUCUGCUUUCCAAUUCCGUAUGGGUGGUUGCAAAGGCAUGCUAGCUGUCUGGCCUGAAGCCAAGGGCCUCGAAGUGCACAUUAGACCUUCCCAGGAAAAGUUCAGGGCGCAAUUCAACGGGCUGGAAAUCAUCAAGUUUGCGCAAUACUCAGUCGCCACACUGAAUCGACAGACAAUAACCAUUCUCACCACUCUUGGCGUAAAAGGAGAACAUAUAUUGCAGCUCGCCAAACAACAAGUUCGGAAUUAUGAGAAAGCUAUGAAUGACCGAGUGGCGGCUGCAGGCUUACUAGGAAAAUACAUUGACGAGAACAUGACGUCUUUGACAAUCAAGGAUCUCGUCUGCUGGGGUUUCAUGGAUACGGAAGUGCAAGAGCCAUUUGUUCUCACGAUUUUAAAUCUCUGGCGAAUCUGGUCCAUGAAGCUGUUGAAAGAGAAGGCUCGAGUGGUGAUAGAACAGAGCGCUUUUCUUCUCGGAUGCCUCGAUGAAACUGGAACUUUGCGAGGCCACUCCAAAGAAACGGAAGGGAAGACGACACGGAACAUUCAAGACCUUCCCCAGAUCUUCCUACAAAUCCCGCACCCUGACGAUGGCAAGUUUUACUGCGUCACCGGAGUAUGCAUUAUUGGACGCAACCCGUCACUUCACCCGGGAGAUAUUCGUGUCGUAGAAGCGGUUGAUGUUCCCGCUCUUCAUCACCUCAAGAAUGUUGUGGUGUUCCCUAGCGUCGGUGACCGAGAUGUGCCCAGCAUGCUUUCAGGAGGUGACCUCGACGGUGACGACUUCUUCGUUAUCUGGAACCCGGAUCUCAUACCCCAUGAGUGGCACCAGCCCCCAAUGAACUACGUAGCACCAAAGGCCCCAGUGUUGAAGCGUGGGUUCGUUAGAGUAUCAGAUCUGAGAACGUUCUUCGUUCGGUACAUUCAGAAUGACUGCCUGGCCUUGGUUGCAAUUGCGCAUCUAGCCCAGGCCGAUCAAUCUCAAGCGGGAGCAAAAGAUCACAGAUGCCUGAAGUUAGCGGAGCUUCACUCCAAGGCCGUUGACUAUGUCAAGACUGCGGACCCAGCCAACUUGCAUCCGGAUCUUCAGCCCAAGAAAUGGCCUCAUUUUAUGAACCGUAGAAACACCUACUGGUCCUCAAGCACCCUUGGCCAGAUCUAUGACAUGAUCCAAGAACAGGUACUCAACCCUCUUUACGAGAAAAAGUUUGACGGCAGGAUUUUGAAUCGCUUCACUCUCACGGACGAUUUUCUCGAAAAAGCGCGCAAGGUCAAGAACCAGUAUGACACCUCCUUGCGUCGCCUCAUGAGCCAUCGCGACAUCCAAACCGAGUUCGAAGCCUGGACCGGGUUUGUACUGUCAAAACCACGUGUUGGGAGCGACUACAAGCAGCAAGAAGACAUCGGUCAGGAAUCGGCGGCACUCAAGCACAGGUUUCGGGAGAUUUGCUACAAAGAGGCAGGCAGCAGAAACUAUGACGACUUUGCCCCGUUCGUGGCUGCAAUGUACAAAGUCACCGAGGAACAGGUCAAUGCAGCGCUCGCGGCGGAGUGCGAAGACGAGGAACACAAGCGACAAUCGAUGCCCCUGAUCAGCUUCCCAUGGAUCUUCCACUGGACCAUGGGCCGCAUCGCCACCGGACACGUCAAGAUCAAACCCACCGUCGACCCUGAGGCUCAGCCGGUGACGAAAAAGGCCUACCCCAUUCGUCGCGUCGAAGGGGACACGGGGCAGCAGGAGACUCAGCUGGGAGGCGGAAGAGUGGUCCACCGGGGCGAACUGUUGGAGGUGUUCGAGAGCCCCACGAAGGAGGACGACAGUGAGGUCUCACAGCCAUCCGAGCGCGGCGAUGCUACUGGUGGACAGGAGAUACAUGUUGAGGAGGAUAGUGCCAUGGAUGCCAUGGACCGGCUGAUGAGCGGCGCCAUGGGCUAG